AGAGAGAGAGACAGAGACAGAGACAGAGAGACAGAGAGAGAGAGAGAGAGAGAGAGAGAGAGAGAGAGAGAGACAGACUCUGGACCCGCAGCUGAUUCGGGUCUUAGUCUGCAGCUUCCAGCCCACGCGCAGCUUCCGGUCUCCUGGUUGUCUCAGUUUGGAUAUUAAAUUGCAAACUCUUCUGUUUUUGAGUUCUUCACCAGACAGUUGGGAUUAUUUAAAUUUUUUUAAUUUUCUUCGUGUUGCUAGUUGUGCAGUUUUUGUCCGGAUGCCCCAGGACUACCCGCAGGCUGCAGCUCCUCCCCCGGCCUGCAGGGCGGCAGCAGAGAGCGGCGGCCGGACGCUGGACCGGCGCAGCGUCGGCAUGAGCGACUUCUGGCACAAGAUGGGCUGCUGCGUGGUGGCCAAGCCCCCGCCGAAGAAGAGGAGGAGGAUUGAUCGCAGUAUGAUCGGAGAACCGACGAACUUCAUCCACCUCACACACAUCGGCUCUGGAGAGAUGGCUGAGGGUCUACAGCCGUCGGGCUCGGUACAGGAACAGAUGAGGUCUAAAGGCCAGAAUAUGAACGGCAGAAACAGCCUGUUAUAGCCGUGACCUUCACGGUGACCUCUGCCCUCCGUCUCCUGCCCUCCUGCCCUUGAGCAGCACUCCUCUGAGGAUCAGGUCUUUCUCUGGACCACGUAGCCGUCAGUACUACAUCUAACCGGCCGAUGACAUCACUGGACUUCGUUUCCCAGAAUGCCGUUUCAUUCAGGAAAUACGAUAAAUGACAGAAUGUCUGCAAACUACAUUUCCCAGCAUUCACAGGGAAGCGUUCUCUCCUCCAGGAGGCUCUGAGGUUUAAACAAUCCCCCUCCCCCCUCCCCCCCACAGUGAUGACAUCAUUGGACUUCAACUCCCAGGAUGCCUCACUCUGCACAGCCUCACUGCUGGUGCUGAAUGAUGAAAGACUUUAUUAGACCUGUGUGCGUGUUCAUGUGCGUGUGCAUGUGUGUGUGCAUGUGUGUGUGCAUGUGCAUGUGUGUGCGUGUGUGUGUGCGUGUGUGUGCGCGUGCGUGCGCAUGUGUGUGUGUGUGUGUGUGCAUGUGUGUGUGUGCGUGCGUGCGUGUGCGCAUGUGUGUGCGUGUGCAUGUGCGUGCGUGUGCGUCAGUGCGUGUGUGCGUGCGUGCAUGUGUGUGCGUGCGUGUGUGUGUGUGUGUGUGUGCAUGUGUGUGCGUGUGUGUGCGCGCGCAUGUGUGUGUGUGUGUGUGUGUGCGUGUGUGUGUGUGUGUGUGUGCAUGUGUGUGCGUGUGCAUGUGUGUGCGUGCAUGUGUGUGCAUGUGUGUGCGUGUGCGUGUGUGUGUGUGUGCAUGUGUGUGCAUGUGUGUGCGUGUGCGUGUGUGUGUGUGUGUGCGUGUGCGUGUGCAUGUGUGUGUGUGUGUGUGUGUGUGUGUCCUCCCACCAGAUUGAAUAUACCCGUUGCCUCACUAGUCUCAGUGAACACGGAAGAGAAUGAACUCUUUUCAGGACUUUUGAUCCAAAGAUUUGCUGAUCGAGUGCUUUAUUGUUUAUUUACUUUAUUGUUUAUGACUUUAUUGUUUAUGACUUUAUUGUUUAUUUCUGCUGUUGAGGUGCUUUGCUGUGUUCCUCCAGCUGGAGUCUCUUUACGUGUCAGCUGUUGAUUAUUAUAUUAUUAUUAAUAUCAGAAGGUCGUUUCUUUAACUUUCAGCAGCCUUUGAGGACUUUUGUGAAAUAGUUGACGGUUCAAAUCCCCCAAACAGUUUAAUUCCAGCACUUUAUUAAACAAAUAAAACACAUUUUAUUUAUGCAUGGAACCUAUUACUAUAUAUUACGGUCUGAGUAUUUCAAACACUGUGAGGUUUGUAAUUCCUAUUUAAUUUAUUUUGUUGUUUUGGUUUAAAAAGCUAAUUAAUCCCAUAAUAUGUCGAAUCAACGUUUAAAACAACAAGAAUGUAAACGCCUGUUUCUGUCAUUAAAGCCCAAACGAGCAGAAGUA